ACUCACAGCCUGAAGCGUACCCGGCAGGGGCUGUCCCCAGACCCAACAAGCAAAGGGCCCAGUAUCGAGGGCCACUGGAGCCCAUCUCCGGGGGGCUGGGCAGGAAGUAGGGUGGGGUUUGGGGUAGGGAUCUGGUACCCUGGGACUGCUGCAACUCAAACUAACCAACCCACUGGGAGAAGAUGCCUGGGGGUCCAGGAGUCCUCCAAGCUCUGCCUGCCACCAUCUUCCUCCUCUUUCUGCUGUCUGCUGCCUACCUGGGCCCUGGGUGCCAGGCCCUGUGGGUGCACGGGGGCCCAACAUCAUUGAUGGUGAGCCUGGGGGAAGACGCCCACUUCCAAUGCUUGCACAAUGGCAGCAAGAACGCCAACGUCACCUGGUGGCGCGUCCUCCAUGGCAACUACACGUGGCCCCCUGAGUUCUUGGGCCCGGGCGAGGACCUCAAUGGUACGCUGAUCAUCCAGAAUGUGAACAAGAGCCAUGGGGGCAUAUACGUGUGCCGGGUCCAGGAGGGCAACAAGACAUACCGGCAGUCCUGCGGCACCUACCUCCGCGUGCGCCAGCCGCCCCCCAGGCCCUUCCUGGACAUGGGGGAGGGCACCAAGAACCGAAUCAUCACAGCCGAGGGGAUCAUCCUCCUGUUCUGCGCGGUGGUGCCUGGGACGCUGCUGCUGUUCAGGAAACGAUGGCAGAACGAGAAGCUCGGGUUGGAUGCCGGGGAUGAAUAUGAAGAUGAAAACCUCUAUGAAGGCCUGAACCUGGACGACUGUUCCAUGUAUGAGGACAUCUCCCGGGGCCUCCAGGGCACCUACCAGGAUGUGGGCAGCCUCAACAUAGGAGAUGUCCAGCUGGAGAAGCCGUGACACCCCUACUCCUGCCAGGCUGCCCCCGCCUGCUGUGCACCCGGCUCCAGUGUCUCAGCUCACUUCCCUGGGACAUUCUCCCUUCAGCCCUCCUGGCGGCUUCCUUAGUCAUAUUCCCCAGUGGGGGGUGGGAGGGUAACCUCACUCUUCUCCAGGCCAGGCCUCCUUGGACUCCCCCAGGGCUGUCCCACUCUUCUUCCCUCUAAACUGCCCGACCUCCUAACCUAAUCCCCCCCUGCUGCCUUUCCCAGGCUCCCCUCACCCCAGCGGGUAAUGAGCCCUUAAUCGCUGCCUCUAGGGGAGCUGAUUGUAGCAGCCUCAUUAGUGUCACCCCCUCCUCCCUGAUCUGUCAGGGCCACUUAGUGAUAAUAAAUUCUUCCCAACUGCA